GAAGCCUGUACGCAAGCGCAGCUGGUGAGCGGAAGUGCCAAUACUAAUCGCACGAGGAGUGUCGGGAUAUGGGGCCACACCGUGUAUACUGACGCCAAUAUGCGCGCUGAACCCGGAAUAGAGUCUAGCCCUCGGGGCCCCGGCUGCAGCCUUCGGCACUUUGCCUGCGAACAGAACCUGCUGUCCCGGCCGGAUGGCUCUGCUUCUUUCCUGCAAGGUGAUACCUCCGUCCUGGCAGGUGUGUAUGGGCCAGCUGAGGUGAAGGUCAGCAAAGAGAUCUUCAACAAGGCCACGCUGGAAGUGAUCCUAAGGCCGAAGAUCGGGCUUCCUGGCGUAGCAGAGAAGUCCCGGGAGCGGCUGAUCAGAAAUACCUGUGAGGCGGUGGUGCUGGGAGCGUUGCACCCGCGCACCUCCAUCACCGUGGUGCUGCAGGUCAUCAGUGAUGCUGGCUCUCUCCUAGCCUGUUGCCUGAAUGCUGCCUGCAUGGCAUUGGUGGAUACAGGUGUGCCCAUGCGGGCUCUCUUCUGUGGGGUCACCUGUGCUCUGAACUCUGAUGGGACACUCAUGCUGGACCCCACAGCCAAGCAAGAAAAGGAGGCCCGGGCAGUCCUGACUUUUGCACUCGACAGUGUGGAACAGAAGCUGCUGAUGUCUACCACCAAGGGACUCUACUCCAAUGCUGAGCUCCAGCAGUGCCUGGCUGCAGCUCAGGCUGCCUCGCAACACAUCUUCCGCUUUUACCGGGAAUCCCUGCAGAGGCGUUACUCCAAGAGCUGAGGCAAGCUGGGGCAAGCUGGAGCAGGGUGCCCCUCCCACUGCCACCACCCACCACCUCCAGCCUCAAGUAAACCAGCAGCCAGUCUUGCCUCUCUGUCCCUAUGUGCACAUGUGAGCUUGUGGUUCCAUAGCUGCAGGGGCUCCUGCUGAGGAGGACAGAGCCUCAGCCCCUGACAGCCCCAGGCAUGGGGGCAUGACCUCUCCCUCUGCAAGGAUAACAUUAAAAGGAGCUCAAUUUAUUGACUGAAUGAGUCAACAAAAGGGUACUUAAAGAGUUCAUGGAAAGAUUCGUACUGUCUUUUCAAAGUUUUCUUUUGGUGGCUGGCCAGUAAGGGGAUUUGAACCCUUGACCCUGGUGUUAUAAUACUGUGCUCUAACUAAAUGAGCUAACUUGCCAGUCCCUGAUUCAUAUUAUCUUUUAAUUCUAUUUUUCCAUGAACAUUUUGAAGUACCCUUAUAUUCAUUUGUUCUAACAAAUGUGAUGAGCACCUGCUAUAUGCAGGCCCUGCUAGGUGCUAAGGAACUGGGAAUGAACAAGAGAGACUCAGAUCCCAUGUUUGAGGAACAGUGGGGUGAUGGGCAAAUAAAAUUGGUAUUUGUCCGAUGGUGGUAAA